GAACAUAUGGUGUAAGUCUCGUGAGCUGACAUGCAGCUCCUCUUCACCGCAAAUCAACACAAAAGGUCUUAUACAAAGCCGGUAACUCCCCUAAAGCCGCAUACUGUCAAUCAACCCAAAUUAGAUCUGCGUUCCAUCUUGCUUUGCAAAGUAAUUCCUGUUUCCGUCCGGAGCCGGAGAACCGGAGGCCCGGAGCACCCGGAUGUGGAUAACAAAUCAUGGACACAUCUCCUGUUCUGAGCUCAAGCGCAAUUGCCUGGGCGGGGGCACGGCGUUAGCUCCAACUUGGGGCCACCGGGCACUACUUACUUUUGUAGGCAACCAGGCACUACAAGGCGACCAGUUAGAGGUUCUGUUACUUUUGUCCGUUUUGUUUCGAAGGGGGCUGAGUAUCGUACGUGCGGGCACAAGCUCUGACCCCCAAAGCAAACUAGCGGUUCAUCCGGUUUCAUUGAUGUUUUUGCUAGUAACGAUAAAACCCCGGAGGCUUUCCAAUACCCCGGAAAGGUUUCCCGUGAAGAUACGGGGCCAGCUUCAAGAUCGCCGGCGAGGCGCCGAACACCUCUCCGAAACAAGGCAAACUUGCGUCCGACCGCGGGGGCGCCUAAAUGCGGAUCAGAUAUGCCUCAGACUAUUGACAUUCGACUUCAUGGACGAUUAGGGCCUGUAUCAAUCGCACUUUAAGUUCCGUUUCUGUCCCAUUUGAGUGAUAUGCUGCGCUGGUCGGUGUAGCCGCGUCACCGCGUGA